UCGAGAGCAAGCAUGGCGAACGCAACUAUUAUAUUUUCUCUUUUAAUUUUUCUCUUAUUUAUUAAUACUUCUGUACACUCCAAAAGCGUACUUAAAAAACCAACACCGGUUGUGAAGAGUGAACAUUCGAAUGAGGACAGUAAUCAAGCAGGAAACGAAGACACUGAAGCUGUAGCGAAAAAGAUCCCAGUUCAUAAAGCAAAGGAAGAACAAGAAUCAAACGACAUUUCGGAUAAAGACAAUGCAGAUGAAAACCAAAGUAAACGACCUAGAGGGUUUCAAGGAGGAGUGGUGAUGCUCGCWCAACACCCUAGCUGUGCCGAUGAUAUAAGCAGACUGUGCCAUGAAAUAGACCCAAAAAAUAAUUUUGAUAUUCUUGUCUGUAUACAAGAUAAAGCAAAGGAGGAUGAUAUCAGCAAAGAAUGUCACAAUCUUUUAUGGUCUUACAAGAAGAACCUGACAUGUGACGGCAGAUUUGAUAAUACUGCCAGAAAAAUGUGUAAAUCAGAAAUUGAGAAGAAUCCCUACUGCAAAAAACAAGCUGAUCGACCAGGAUCUGGACAUCUUAUACCAUGUCUACUCGAUACCAGACAGAAUAUCUCUGAUUCCCGAUGUCAUCAUUUGUUGACGAAGAUGCAAGUGAUUGUCUUCAGCAAUUAUCACCUGAUUGAAGGAUUCUUUGAGCACUGUCAUGAUGAUGUUACAAAAAGUGGAUGUGGUCGCAUUACAAUAAAAGAUGACGAUGAGGAUAUCCAUGACCAAAACGAGGUACUGGAGUGUCUAGAGGAUCACCAAGAGAAUCUUUCUCCAGCCUGCCAGAAGCAGAUCUUUCGUAUGGCUGAGCUGUCUGCCGAUGAUUACCAUCUUGAUCGACCCUUGUACUAUGCAUGUAGAGAUGACCGUGAAAAAUUCUGCCAUGAUGUCCCAGCAGGUGAAGGAAAGGUUUACCAGUGUUUAAAGAACCACAAGUUUGAGGAAACCAUGUCCAAAGAGUGUCAAGCUGCAUUGACGGUCAGACAGAAAGUGGAGUCUCAUGAUUAUAAGGCAGACUAUGGGAUUUUGAAAAAUUGUGAAGCAGACAUUGAGAGGUACAAGAAUGAAUACAAGUGCGAUGUGGGAGCCAAAUCACCCCAUGGAAGUUUGGCUGGCGUUCUUCUCUGUUUAGAAGAAGCUCUCAAUGAUGGAAAGCCCGUAGAUAAUCAAUGUCAAUCAGAACUUUUUGAGAUCCGCCGCCAAUUAAUGGAAGACUACAAGAUCAAUCCUGAGAUUGUAAUAAGCUGUGAAGAUGAGAUACAAAAACAAUGCAGCCAGGGGAAAGAGAGAGAAGGAAAGACCUUGGAUUGCUUGAUGAAACUUGCAGAGCAGGGAAGUAUCAGCCAGAAGUGUGAGAAAGCUGUUGCUACGCUGUUGAAAGAAACGCGUGCUGGUGGAGAUUAUCGUAUUGACCACACCCUGUAUAUGGCUUGUGAACCAGUGGUGCAGGCAACAUGUAAAGAUAAGGGCAAGAAAGAAGGGGAUAUCAUGGUUCUCUCUUGUCUUAUGGAGCACCUCAAUUCUGAUGUAAUGAACCAUGAAUGCCGAGAGCAGUUGUUACAUUUACAGUUCUUCAUUUCAAGAGAUUUCAGAUUGGAUCCAGAUCUCUAUCAAGCUUGUAAGAGUGAUGCCAAAGAACACUGUCAUGCUCCUGCCUGGAACCAAGAAUCUGAUGAGCUACCAACUGGGAUGGUUGUGUCUUGUCUGUACAGAAACUCAGGCCAAGGGGGGAAGGUUUCACCAGAUUGUGCCCAGCAUGUUCGCCGAGUAAUGCACCAGAGAGCACUUGAUGUCCACUUGAUACCAGAAGUACAGGAAUCCUGUAUGCCUGAACUGGCCAAGUACUGCAGCCAACAGAUUGAAAAAGGACAGGAAGUAGAGUGUCUGCAAACUCACCUUGAAGAGUUGGAUCAUAAAUGUAGAUCAGUUAUCGGUAACUUUACUGAGCAAGAAGGAGAGGAUUAUCAGCUUGAUCAAACACUAGUACGCAUGUGUACAGGAAUGGUGACCAAAUUUUGUGAGGAUGUUGUGAACCAAGGUGAUUCUGAAGGUGUUCUUCCUUGUCUUAUUGACCACAAAAAUGACCCUGAGAUGGAUGGCAAAUGUAAAGCUUCUAUAGAACACUGGCAACUGAUUGAACUGAAAGACUUUAGGUUUUCUGCUAAGUUCAAGAAGGCCUGUAGAGAAGAUGCACAGGAGCAUUGUCGAGAUGCCCGAGAUAAACAUGAGGUCAUAAAGUGUUUGAGCAAACUGGUGCGAGAUGCAGUAAUAAAUGAAAAUAAGCAUGUCAUCUCUGAUAAGUGUCGUGCUGAGCUGCAUGUUGCCCAAAAAGAGGAGGGAGAAAACAUUCAUUUUGACCCUGAAUUAUUUGGUGCUUGUAGUAGUGAUGCUAAAAAACUUUGUUCUCACGUCACAGCGGGACAGGCUAAGGUGUUGGAGUGCCUCAAGGAUAACUUUGACUCUCUUCAAGAGAAAUGCCAGGAACAAAYCUUUGAACGAGAGAAAAAAGAAAUGCAGAUGCCUGAUAUUGAUUUCCAGUUGGUCAAGACCUGCCAGAGAGCAAUUGAGCACUUCUGUUCUGAUGUGGAACCAAAUGAGCUCUUGAAAUGCUUGAAGGAGCACAAACAUGAACCAAAGAUGGAUCCCAAAUGUCGUAGCAUGGUGACAAAGAGACAAAAGACACAAUACAGAGAUGAUCAACUAGACCCAGAGUUACAAGGAGCCUGUAAGAGAGACAUGAAAAAGUUCUGCAAAGGUGUUGAUAAACAUGGCGAUGGUCAGAUGGUUGGCUGCCUUAAGAAGCACAUCGAUAGACUUUCUGAAGACUGUGAAGCUUACAUCCGCUCUGUUAUGCACGAGGAAGCUUUGGACUAUCGCCUUGAUCCUGUUCUUUCCAGAGUCUGCCAAAAAGAGGUUGGAUUGCUUUGCGACAACAUUGAACCAGGCAAAGGCAAAGUAGAGGAAUGCUUGAGAGACAAUCUGAGGAAAAUAACAAAUAAUAAAUGCUAUGUGGAGGUAAUUAGAACCAUGAAGGAGGGCAGAACAGACAUCUAUGCUGACCCUGUUCUCCAUGAAGCAUGUGUUACAGACCUGAUGCAUUAUUGCGAAGAGGUUCCCCCAGGACAUGGCAGAGUAAUGCAGUGCCUGUUGGAAAUAAAGACUAAAAAGAGAUAUCGACUUAGCAAGAGCUGUAAUUCUUUGCUUAAUACCAGAAUGAAAAUGUGGGGUGUUGGAAAGAUCGCUCAGUUUGAAACUUUAAGUGACGUUGCCUUAUCCCUCUCCGCUUCACCUUCCAAAAACUACUUCUUCAUGGUCAUCGCUAUCGCACUUGCUAUAAUAUUCUUAGGCGGGUUAGUCUUUGGACGUAUCUCCAAGAGAGUCAAGAGAGAGAUUAAGGACCGGUGAUCUUUCUAUUAAUCUUAAAGGGACCAUAAACAAUUGCUUUACUUUUUUGAUAUUGAAUAAGCAUUCAAGUCAACGAACAAUGGAGAAACUCGAUUAUUCUUCCCCUUAGUCUUAACUUUGCUAUUUAUAGCCUAAGUUUUCAAAUAGGGAUUUUGCUUUCUCUAAGGGAAUGUUUAAUGAAAAAAUACUUCAAGAUGGAGCACCCAUGGGUAUUCCAAACUGAGGCUAGCAAAAUACAAAAAAAUCUCACCUAUCGAUGGAAUUUGUGAUAUUUUUUGUAUUUUCCUGUUAACCUCGCAUACAGGAUGGUUUCAAAAUGGCUCCAUACAAUAUAGCAUUUGAAGGAUUAAUCAACGCUUUCAAAUAGUUUCUUAGUUAGGAAAUUUCACAUACGUAGCAGUUAUUCAAUUAUUUGUUCGUAAAAUGGAAAAAAAAACAACAUGAAAAUAUCAUAAAACUAUAGUAAUGAGAUAACUAACAAAAUAAGGAUAAUAUAAUGUGUUGAAAUGUUAAAAUUCUCAUAGAUUUAUGAGCAGAACAUAAAGCAUCUGGAUUUGACAUUGUAUCUUAUGAGCACGACAAACUCACUCGGACGAUCCAGGGCUAUCCCAAGUGCCUUUGCGAGCUUAUUAUUACUCCGGUUUUAAUUUCAUUAAAUUUCAUUUAAUUUUAUUAAUUUCAGCUGUUAAAAUGGACAUUCUUUAAAUAUUUCACUCGCAAUGUAUGUUGGGAUAGCCCUGGAUCUUCCUCUGGUUCACUCUAGAAUUGGACUGGAAGCAACAUACGCAGACUCAGUAGCACAUUUAUCACCUAGGUGCGGAAAAAAAACAAGCGCUAGUGUACUGUUGAUAUGCUUGUACGCUAGAUACUGAGUCCAUGUGUUGCUUCGGACUCCAUUGCCCAUGCUAGGUUUAACCAAUCGUUGUCUUAAGUGUACAUGAUUCUGAAGAUCAAUCGAGGACUUCAAUGACUUUAUUGCAUUGUAAAUGGCACAAUUUUGGGGCUGGUAAGUGUGUUGAAUAAUUUUACAUUCGUUUUAAUAUUGCAUAAUUAUAUUUUAAUGCACCAUAAAGGCACUACAGACUCGGCAUAGAUGUAAGGUUAGCACAUUUUGUAUGCAUGUUAUGUAUUCACAGUAAACACACACUCACAAAGUUCGUUAGAAAGUAAUUUGUUUAACAAAAAUAGUCGAUUCCUUACCAUGAUUUUACCACAUGUCAUAACAUUGAACAGUCGUACACCGAAUGCAAAUAUGACAUUGGAUUUGAAUUGCUAUUGUUCUGGAUUGACCAGUCUUAUGUCCACGUGGAAACAAAAGUGUUUUCACAUGUAUGAGAAACUACAACAAUAGUUAUUCAAACUCCUCGCAAAUUUUGCAUUGCGGUUAUAAAGGAAUUCUCUGGUAUAAAUCUAAUACAUUCAGAAAUAGGUGUAAAAUGCUAAACCAUACUUUUUAAAAUAACCAAGUUCUUUCGCGCGCUCUGAUAUGUCGACACCAUUUAAGGCGAGAGUAUCUAAAACGCGUCUUUUCAUUGCGAGCGCGCUCUUUCUGAAUUUGAAGUCUCGUAGGAAAAAUAAAACAGUAUUUUUGGUGAA